CCGAUCUGCUCUAGCAGUCGUGAUUCUCCAAGCGCCGGGGAUCAUCGAGGGAACGAAUUGCUGAAUUGCUGAAUCGCUGGCCGGCGAGGAAAGCGUUCGCGGGGAGCUCCGCUUCCACAUGGACCUCGCCUCGCGCUGCGCUUGGGAGCCCGCCGCUUGGAAAAGGCACGACCCACUCACCGUCCUCCUGCUUUUGGUGGAGGAGUAGUGUGCAAUCAGUGGGAUGCAUGGAUGGGUUUGCGAAGAUGCUCGAGGAAAUGAAUUCUCGGAUCCUGAGCGCGGACGUAGAUGCUGUGGGUGGGUUGUGGAUCACGUACAGCGCCGGGGAGAAGCUCCGAAGGGCGACCUGAUAAACGCGUGACCGUCUGACACCAGGAGGAAACGACGGUUGGAUGAGAUGAACAGAUGCACCGAGGCUAUCAUACUGGAGACACGACCUCCGGCCAAGGCCUCGCAAUAAAUUGAAUUCGACGAGCUGCCUCGUUCCCCAGCUCUUUCCAACUCGGACCAAGAUGGCCGCAUCACGUCGUGCACUGUACUGCCCUGCCCUGCUGCUGUCGCCGGCCCGGGGGUCAGAAAGCGAGGCGAGCAACGGCCGACGGAGCCGAGCAUCGGUGACCGGUCGUCGGACUGCCUGCCCUGCACUCCAACUCGUGGGCUUCGAACCAUGUCCUCCUCUUUUGGCUACCAAGCAAGAUUCUGACCCGCGGCCGGAUGACGUCCAGGUCCGCCACGUGGCCGAGCUUCGCGUCAUCCGUGGCGUCAUCGAUCGCCCUCCUUUUGAUUGCGAAGCUUGUGCGUUGCGCAACUCGUUUCCAUUUUGCAUUUUGUUAUCUGCUCGGGCCCCUUGCUUUUCCGAGGGCCUUGCGGAUUUGGUGACCCCCUUCUGCGAACAGAACCUCUGGGCGAGACGGACGGAAGGAAGGAAGGAAGGGAGCGAGCGAGCGAUGGCAGUGGCCGAUCGCCUCUCGUGUUAUCCAGUGCGUGACUUCAACAUGUCUCCAACUCCCACUUUCAGAUUAAAGAUUCUAGAAAUACGUGCAUGACCACGACUCUCGUGGUUUCCUUCCCCGCCCUUGUACCCCCCCCUCCUUACGUAUGAGUCGCGCGAAGCUCGCUUCGCAAAGCACCAGCAGCAGGCAGGCAGGCAGAUGAGGAAUGAUGAAGACUUCCGGUGUCAAGACACGCACACUCCUGUUGUUGAAUAUUCCUCCCCACCAUACUAGUUGCCAAAGGAUCCCCUCUUGAGCAUAUCACCCGUCAGCGAUGCAGCUGGACAUGGGUCGACCACACAAAAUCCCUCAACGAUGUGAAGACUUUCUUGGUUUGUGAAAUCAUCUGGACAAGAUGUUCUGGGAUCGAGAGAAAUCCUCUAGUUCGGAUCAGAGGGCGGAAGGGAAUAUUAGCAGAUAACAUGUUCAUCACAUGUUCUCUGCUAUUUCCUUCAUUCUCCGAGAAGCCAGAUUGUUUCUUAGAGCUCUACUUACUAUUUGAUCUUUUGCAAUUUACUUCAGCUGUUGAAACUUACUUCAGCUAUGUUGUAGACUUUCUAUUCUAGCACAAUGGGUUUUUUAAAACAACCUCGUGGAAACACAUCAAAGCUCCAUUUGGUUCGUCACCUUUAAAAUUGUGUGAAAUUCAAAUCACAUGU